UACCUUUUAAAGGAGUUGGCUGCUGAAGAUGUUGGCCGAAAAUGUCUGGUUCUUGAUUUGGACGAAACUCUUGUACAUAGCUCUUUCAAGCCUGUUGCAAAAGCCGAUUUUAUUAUUCCCGUAGAAAUUGAUAAAACCAUCCAUAAUGUGUAUGUUUUGAAGCGACCUGGUGUAGAUACAUUUUUACAAAGACUUGGAACUCAAUUCGAGGUUGUAGUUUUUACCGCGAGCUUAGCAAAGUACGCGGACCCUGUGCUAGAUAUGCUAGAUAAGCACAAGGUUGUCAAGCAUAGACUGUUUCGUGAAGCAUGCAUUCAUCACAAGGGAAAUUACGUUAAAGAUUUGAGCUUGCUCGGUCGCAAUCUAAAGGACGUCAUUAUUAUAGACAAUUCUCCUUCUUGUUAUCUAUUUCAUCCUGCAAAUGCGAUACCAAUCACGAGUUGGUUUGAAGACCCGAGCGAUGCCGAACUAUUGGAUCUCAUCCCUUUCUUGGAAGAUCUCAAACUGGUUGACAAUGUUACGGUGGUAUUGGACAAUUCGUUGGAUGACCAAUAA